ACGGGCGUCACGGGUCCGCGUCAGGCGCGUCGGCGGCGGCGCGGCCUCCAUCUUGCCGGAAGGCGGCGGGCGGCGGCGCUAGGGAGGGCUUUGGGUGGGGGCCGCGUGGAUCGCCCCGUUUCCGUGGGAGCCUCGUGGAUACUCCCCUUGCUGUGGGGCUCCCGGGGAUGCCCCCUCCUCCAGUGGGGGCCGUAUGGAUAUCCCUCUCUCUACUGGGGGCCGCGGGGAUAAUCCCCGCUUCCCAUAAGGGCCUCAUGGAUAACCCUCUACCCUUGGGGCCACGUUGAUACGUCCCUUUCUGUGGGAGCCUUAUGCCUGCAGAACCCUUGAUGAGAACCAGAGCCACGUGAACCUCUUGGUAGGGGUCCAUUGCCAAUAAUGACCUGUUACAUACUUGCCUAACUUUGUUAUUUAGUUUUCUUCCAGACAGCCAAGAUUAUCUUUCUUUGCUAACACUUCAAAUACAAAUUUCAGUUACAUCAGUCUUGUUUUUCAUUAAAAAAAAAAAAACAACAACUGCAUAACAAGUAUACAACUUUAUGAGUUUCAUGUACGCCUGUGAAACUACGAUCUAUGCCAUUAAAUUGUCAAUCACCAAAAAUUUCCUGCUCUCAUUAUUACUUUGUGGUAGGAACGCUUACCUAGCAAAAAUUUAAGUAUACAAUAUUGUUAACUAGGCACUAUGCAGUAUCUCAGGACUUCCCUCACCGCUCAGACGAUAAAGCGUCUGCCUACAAUGUGGGAGACCUGGGUUCAAUCCCUGGGUGGGGAAGAUCUCCUGGAGAAGGAAACGGCAACCCACUUGCCGGGAAAUCCCAUGGACGGAGGAGUCUGGUAGGUUACAGUCCAUUGGGCCGCAAAGAGUUGGACACGACCGAUCGACUUCACUUCAUGCAGUAUCUCAGACCUCCAGGAUUUACUCAUUUUGUGUAUCUGAAGCUUUGUACUCUGUCCUGGUCCGUCUUCACCAAAUGCUUGGAACCGUCAUUCCACACUCUGCUUCUCUAAGUUUGACUGUUUUAGACUCCUCAUAUAAGUAGUGGUUGUUGUUUAGUCACUAAGUCAUGUUGGAUUCUUUUGUGACCCCAUGGACUGUAGCACUCCAGUCUCCUCUAUCCAUGGGAUUUUCCCGUAAGUGGUAUCAUGCAGUAUUUUGUCCUGUGUCAGGCUUAUUUUACAUAGAAUAAUGUCCUCCACAUUCAUCCAUGUUGGCACAAAUGGCAGAAUUUCCUUUUUUUUGUUUUUUAAAGGUUAAGUUAUAUUCCAUUAUGUGUGUAUACCAAACUUGUAUCCAUUCAUCUGUCAAUGGACAUUGAGGUUACUCCUGUAUCUUGACUGUGGUAAAUAAUGCUUUAGUGAACAAGGGGUGCAGGUGUCUCUUGGAGAUCCUGAUUUAUGUUCUUUCAUAUAUACACCCAGAAGUGGGGUUGCUGAUCAUAUGACAGUUCUAUUUUUAGCCUUUUGAGGAACCUGGUACUGUUUUCAUAGUGGCUGCACAAUUUACAUUCCCACCAACCAUGCACAACUGAGUACAACAGUGUGCACCAGUCUGUUUAGGAUAAAACCAAGUGGAUUAAAUAAAUCCCCAGUGUAACAAGAUACAUUAAGCAGACUGGUCAGAAAUUACUUCUUUGUAGGAAGUAUCUUAAGACUUUGGGAAGACAUACUGGACAGGGGAGAAACUUAUACAUACAGAUUGCUCACUUAAGAGCCUCAUGCCGCCUGGCCAGGGUAAUGCAGGGUGUGGUCAAGACUGGACAGCUAGUGCUUGUGCCCCCUCACCCCCCAGGAAGGCAGGGCGAGGAAGCCCAGAUUCUCAAGGAAAAGCAGGACUAGAGGGCCACCUCCAGGAAUGGCUACUUCUGACCUUCUUCAAGAGAUAUUGGAAAUCUGGAUUUCUAAAAUGUGAAGCCUGUAAGCUUUGAAAAAGUUGCAACUAAUUAAAUAUUUUGUAACAAGGUGAGGAUCAAAGAAACUGUGUCUGUGGGCCAUUGCUAUGUGACCUAGGCCCUCUGCUGUUUCUGGUCGUAUUUUUAUCAAAGGAAAAUAUUUGAUUUUUUUGAAGGCAUGGAAAGCUAGAUCUGAAUCUGAUGUACUGACUGUGCACUCACACAUUUUUAAUCUGUUUUUAUAUAUUUAUGCCCCAAAAUGCUGUUUUAGACAUAUUUUGUCAUGUUUUCUUUACUUCAAAAUUAAUUGGGAAAGAGGAAUUUUGAGAACUUAAUAUAGUUGCCAUUGGAGAGGCAGAAAUUCCAGUUUGUGGGUUUUCCCUGUUUAGUGCUCUGUACAGUUUUGAGAUGUCGGUGUGGACAGCUGCUCUUGGAGGGUGGGCCCUUGCCUUUCUGCAGCUUUGGGGUCAAGUGUGGCUUUUGAGGCUUCUCAGAGCCUACCUGGUGAAAGCAGAGGUGCCUCCAUGAGAGCCAAGUACCACAGAACAACAUUACCUUCAGGGCAACUUUUUAAAAAAACUUUAUUGGGCUAUAGCCGAUUAAAAAACAAGGUUGUAUUAGUUUCAAGUGAUAAGGGCGAUUUUAAAGUGAUUUUUUUUUUUUUUAAACCUUGUGACAUGUGGGAUCUUAAUUCCCUGACCAGGGAUCACGACCAGGGAUCAAACUUGUGCUGCCUGCAGUGGAAGUGUAGAGUCCUAACCAGUGGACUGCCAGGGAAGUCCCUGUACAUGUACGUGUGACUUUUGAGGAACUACCAGACUGCUUUCCGUGGGGCGUCACCAUUUUGUUGCUCUGCCACCAGUGCAGGAUGGUUCCAGUCUCUCCAUAUCCUGACCACACUUACUUUCCAUUUGUUUUAAUAACCAUCCUGACGGGUAUGAAGUGGUAUCUUCUUGUGGUUUUCAUGUGCAUUUCCCCAAUGAUUAGGGGUGUUGAGCAUCUGUUCCAUGGCUGAUGGGCUGUUUGCAGAUUUCCUUUAGAGAAAAGUCUCCUCCAAAUGAUACUUGGCCUGUGGUUCCGGUCGUUUUGUUGUCGUUGAGUUGCAUCCUGGGUGUGAAUCCCUUGGUGGACAUGUGCUGCGCAGACACUGCCUUCCAGUGUCUAGGUCGCCUUUUCAGUCUCCCAAGAGUGUCCUUUGGUGCACAAUAGUUUUUAAUUUCAGUGGAGGCAAUUGAUCUGCUUUUUGUUGCCUGUGCUUUUGGUGUCAUAUUGCUAGGGAAUCCCCUGGCAGUCCAGUGGUUAGGACUCUGUGCUGUCACUGCCGAGUGCCUGGGUUCAGUCUCUGGUCAGGGAAGUAAAAUUCCACAAAUUGUACCACUGUAGCCAAAAAGUAAAAAGAAAGAAAGAAGGAUGUCAUUACCAAAUUUUGUGUCAGGAGGACUUUCCCCUCUGCUUUCUUCUGAGGGUUUUACAGUAUAAGCUCUUACGUUUGGAUCUUUGAUCUGUCUUGUGUUAAUUUUUGUCUGUGGUGUAAGUGAAGGUCCAGCCUCAUUCUGUUGCCUGCAGAGGUCUGGUUUUCCCAACUCUGUGCUUCUAAGAGACUGUCCCUGUUCCCCAUGGAACGUCUUUCUAUGUCCAUCUAUUGAAGGUCAUUUGAGUUGUUUCCAGUUUCUGACAGUCAUGAAUAAAGCUGUCGUAACAUUGUGUGUACAGGUUUCUGUUUCGCAGAUACUUAGGAGUGGGUUUGCUGGGUCAUGUAGGAGGAGUGUAUUUAACUUUAUGGAAAUGUCCAGACCCUUCUUAGUGUGGCUGCACCACACAGCUGUGUGAGAAUUCCGGUUGCUUCACAUCCUCCUGGUCUUUGUAUCAUCAGGUUUUCAUUGGUGCUUUUUAAGCUGUUCUAAUAGGUGUGCAGUAGUAUUCUUGUGGUUUUAGUUUGCAUUUUCCUGUGGGUUAAUGAUGUCGAGCAGCUUUCUGUGUGCUCAUUUGGACUUCUCUUUUGCUGAAGUGUCUGUUCACAUAUUCUGCCUACUUUUAAAUUGUGGUGGUGUUGAGUUCUUUUGGUAUUCUGCAAGCAAGUUCUUUGUCGGAUGUGAUUUGCAAGUAUUUUCUUCCACCUGUAGCUUGUUAUUUUCAUUUUCUACUGUCCUCUCCAUUCAUUCCGUUGUAAUGUACAUACCUCAUUUUUGGGGGAGGUUUAUGUUCACAGCACAAUUGAACAGAAACCUCCCGAGUUCCCAUUUACCCACUCCCCAGCCUCCGUCCCUGUCAGCAUCCUCACCAGAGCAGUACGUUUGUUGCAGUCCACAAAGCCCAGGUGACUCAUCAUCAAGCUGAGUCUGUAGUUUACAUUGGGGUCACUUUUGGUGUUGUAUGUUUUAUAUUUUUAAACUAAGACUUAAUUUUGGGGACUCCCCUGGUGGUCCAGUAGUUAAGAAUCCAUCUUGCAGUGCAAGCAACAGAUUCAGUCCCUGGUCGGGGAACUAAGAUCCCACCUGCCUCCGGGCAACUAAACCUGCGUGCUGCAACUAGAGAGUCUGUGCGUGGCAAUGGAAGAUCGUGCAGGCCGCAGCUGAAACCUGACACAGCUAAAUACACAAGUAAAAAGAACUGGAGGGGAAAACUGUUUAUUGAGUUUUACCAGAUAUUUACAACACGGGUUGCCUUCCUCCAUUCCUGAAGCUUCAGGCCUCCCUCUGCUGUAAUCUCCGUCUGUCUGAAGGACCCUGUUAACACUGCUUUUAGAGCAGAUCUGCUUGUGGCCAGUUGUCUUAAGUUUCUUUAUCUGAAAGUGUCUCUAUUGUGCCUUCGUUUCUGAAGGAUCUUCUCCCUGUCACAGAAUGCGGGCCUGAGGCUCUUUGCUUUCAGCAUGGUAAGGAAGUCCCUGCCUCUGGUUCUGUGGUUCUGGGGAGAGUCCUGAAGGCCUUCAGAUUGCUCUUCUCAUGUGGGAAAUACGUACCUUUUUAUCUGCUGUUUUUGUAACAUUCUUACUUUGUCAUCCGUUUUCAGCAGUUUGAUGGUACUCUCGGCAUAGAUUUCCUUGAGUUUAUUCUGCUUGAAGUUUGUUGGACUUCUUGAGUGUGUACGUUUAUUUUUUCACUACCCUUGGGAAGCGUUCAGCUGUUAUGUCUUCCGAGUUGUUUUUCAGCACCACACGGUCUUCUUUCCUCUGGGACUCUGGUGAUACAGAUGGCCAACUUCUUUUGUUCUGCAUUCCCAGAAGCUCUGUUCAUUUUGUUUUCCAUCUUCUUUCUGUUGUUCACAUUAGAUCUUUUGUACUGCUCUAUAUUUUCAUUGCUGUGUCUCUUUCCUCUCUCACCUCCAUUCUGAUACUGAGCCCAGAAGGUGGGUUUCUAUUUGUUAUUAUAUUUUUUUAUUUUCAAAUUUCCACUUGGCUGUGACUUUGGUUCCUGUGCCGAUCCAGUCAGGACAGCAGGCUCCACUCAUGGAGUAGGAGUGCUCACAGCUCAGGCCACUGGGGGUUCCAGUGGUCACCUUGGACUGGGCUUCUUCAGAUUAUUUUUGCCCUAAUUUUGGUCAGACUUUCCUGCUUCUUUGUGUGGUAGAUAAUUCUGGAUCGUCGUCUAGAUCCUUUGAAUAUUGUAGAUCCUGUGGAGGAUGGAGCAUUUUGUUAUAGCAAGAAGUGUACCUGGGCUACGGGUCUGAGCCCUUCCUGUGGGCGGAUGUUGUUUUGAGUCAGCUCAGCCUUCAGCCUGUGCCGGGGUCUCUGUCCCUCAGGUGCCAUCCGAGGCUGGUCUGAGACCUGGGCAGUGGUCGACCCUGGAGGUUAGUCCUCGAAAGCUUUGGCUGACCAUUUCGGGCCAGGUCUGCACACAGACAGGCCCGGGGCCCUGGCGUCUCCUGUCCGCUGAGCCAUGGCCACCCCCGAUGUGAGUGUCCACAUGGAGGAGGUGGUGGUGGUGACGACGCCUGACACGGCGGCGGACGGCAGUGGUGUGGAGGAGGUGAAGACUGUGCUGGUCACCACCAACCUUGCCCCGCACGGUGACCUGACGGAGGACAACAUGGACACGGAAAAUGCUGCGGCGGCUGCUGCAGCCGCGUUCACAGCAUCCUCACAACUCAAGGAGGCCAUGUUAGUGAAGAUGGCUGAAGAGGAGGAGAGCCUGGAGGCAGAGAUCGUUUACCCCAUCACCUGCGGGGACAGCAGGGCCAACCUGAUCUGGAGGAAGUUUGUGUGCCCAGGCAUCAACGUGAAGUGUGUGCAGUACGAUGAACACGUCAUCAGCCCCAAGGAGUUUGUGCACCUGGCCGGCAAGUCCACCCUGAAGGACUGGAAGCGAGCCAUCCGAAUGAACGGCAUCAUGCUUAGGAAGAUCAUGGACUCCGGGGAGCUGGACUUCUACCAGCAUGACAGGGUCUGCUCCAACACCUGCCGCAGCACCAAGAUCGACCUCUCUGGGGCGCGUGCGUCCCUGGGCAGCCCCACGCCCACCGAGUAUAUCCCGCUCACGCCGGCCACCGCUGACGUGAAUGGGGCUCCUGCGACCAUCACCAUCGAGACCUGCGAGGAUCCAGGGGACUGGACCACAGCCGUUGGAGAUGAUACGUUCGCCUUCUGGCGGGGGCUGAAGGACGCAGGCCUGCUGGACGAGGUCAUACAGGAGUUCCACCAGGAGCUGGUGGAGACCAUGAAGGGCCUGCAGCAGCGGGUGCAGGACCCACCCCUGCAGCUCCGAGACGCCGUCCUCCUCAACAACAUCGUCCAAAAUUUCGGCAUGCUGGACCUGGUGAAGAAGGUGCUGGCCAGCCACAAGUGUCAGAUGGACCGUUCUCGGGAGCAGUAUGCCCGCGACCUGGCAGAGCAGCGAGUCCCCUGCAGAGAAGGCCCUGAAGACCGUGUUCCCACACGCACGCGAGGUCAGGCCCCAGGCCAGUGCAGGUCCUUGUCUGGCGGUGGUGGGUGGUCUGACGGCCUGUGCCCCGCAGCCCUGGAGCAGCAGUGUGACGAGCACCGCCGGCGGGCCAAGGAGCUCAAGCACAAGUCACAGCACCUCAGCAACGUGCUCAUGACGCUCACGCCGGUCUCCCUGCCGCCCCCCGUGAAGCGGCCGCGGCUCGCGAGGGCCACGUCUGGGCCAGCCGCCAUCGCCUCGCAGGUGCUCGCCCAGUCUGCCCAGAUCGCCCUGACCCCCGGCGUGCCCGUCUCCCAGCUUACCAGUGUGCCGCUGGGCAAAGUGGUGUCCACCCUGCCCUCCCCCGUGCUGGGCAAGGCUGCGCCCCAGGUCGCUCCAGCCAGCUCCCCCGCCUCGCCACUGCUUGGCGGCUACACAGUGCUGGCCUCCUCUGGCACCACCUUCCCCAACACAGUGGAGAUCCACCCGGACGCGUCCAGCCUCACGGUCCUGAGCACAGCCGCCAUGCAGGACGGCAGCACUGUGGUCAAGGUGGUGAGCCCACUGCAGCUGCUCACCCUGCCCGGCCUGGGCCCCACCCUGCAGAACGUGGCCCAGGUAUCGCCCGGGGGCAGCACCAUCGUGACGGUGCCCACAGGGACUGUCGAGAGUGCCGUGGCUGCCCCGGGACCUGAGGAGCACACGGCCACCAUCGAGGUGGCCGCCAUGGCGGAGGGCCAUGAGCACAAGUAGCAGCCAAUGGAAGGUGAGGCCCCACGUGGGCACUAGGCUGGCCACCUCUCCUCAGGCUGUGGGGGCACAGCGCCGGUGCCCAUGGGCCACACGGGGCUGCUGAACCAAAGAGAGGAAACGCCAAAACAGACGGAGAAGAGAGGAGAGGCGAGGGACGUGGCAGCAGCCUGGGAUGUGGGGCUCUGAGCUCUGAACCUCCUCCCUUGUUUUCUUGGGAAAUAUAUUUUUCCAUCUGUUGCUUAUUAAUACUGUUUACACGUGGGGCCUUGGUGAGGAGCCAGAUGGGGGGCCAGGGGCCCCGUGCAGCUGGUGGCAGAGGCAGGGCAGGGGCAGGGCCUCGGCCCGUAGCUGGGGAGCCCGUUACUAACACGUGUCUUGGGAACUGUCCCCAAGUGUGGAAACCCAUGGAUCCUAUGGAUUUGGUUUCUUCCCACAGUUUUCUGUAGGUUUAGUGUGGCCAGCACUCUGCUCUCCCAUCUCUGGCAUAAGCAUCAGUGGUGCUUCAGGUCUGCACAUGGCUCAGGGGCCUCCAGGGCACCCGGGGGUCGGGGUGCCGGCCCUGGGACACCUGCCUGGCCAGAGGGACCCAGGGGUCCAAGCAGCACAGGCCAGAACACCCCCUACCCCUGCCCACAGAUGCUCAGGGGCCAUUGCACAUGCUCUGUGGCUGUUUCUAAGUGAACCCCUUAGUAGGCUCCAACAAAGAGUCAGAUUUAUCGUGUUUUCAAUCUAAAUGAGGCAGAGUGCCUGGGCUCCCUGAUCUGCACUGAGUUCAGAAGUGUCUUGUACACAGGGACAGUUGGGACAGCCCCGGGGGCAAGAGGCGGGUGUGCCCUGUGGCUUUUCCUGAGGAGGACACAUGGAGAGAAUGACCAGGGCCUGUAGAGGGGUCACUCCAUGUCCAGUGGGGACACGCCUCGGGUUGGGGCUCAUGGUCUGGUGUUCAACUCCGGGCUCAGCUCCAUGCUAGUGGGGCCCCCCUAGAGGUGGGCUGCCCCCACUGGCUGACACUGGUGCCGCAAGGCGUCUGGGACCAGCAUGGGUGAGGUGGCACCCAGGUGCUCGUGGGGAGGGUGUCUGUGGGCUGGCCGGCCCUCUGCUUUUCUGGUCUUGGACUUGGAAAGACCAGGGAGGGGCUGCUCUGCAGGCCUUGAGCCACUGCAGUGGGGGAUACCCACGGCCACCCUGGGCCUCCUGUCCAUCUGACACCUGUGGAGACCCAGAGAGAAGCCUCUGCCCGCCUCGCGCUUUGAAGGGAACCGGGCUCCGUCCAUCCAUCCUUCCGUCCGUCAGGUCCCCUGGACCCACCUCAGCGCCCUCACUGAGGCUGUUUUGUUUCUGUCAUGUCUGGUCGGCUGCCGUUUUGGGUGUGCGGUUUCAACGCAGUGUCACUUCCUUGUUUGUUAGACGCUUCUCUUCCAGGCGCAUCUCUGAUGCACGCAGUUGAGCCUGUGGACGGGGCACCCCAGCCAGUCCUGUGUCCGGCUCAGGUCAUAUCAGAACAUGUUGCUAGUGAAACUGGGCAUCUUGUGCUUGGAACCUUGACCAUUCAGACCUGCUACGCCCUGGAAAGGUGCCUCUGCCUGCCAGCCAUGGGGCACUGGGUGGAAAGUUCGUUUCAGAGCCAUAUAAACAGAACCGUGACGGCUGCUCCCAGACAUGGUGCCUGGGGGCCGAGCUCCAGGUGUGGGAAGGGGCCCACUGUCCUCCAGGAACCCUCAGCCCAGUGUGGGGAUCGGGCCAUCUUGCUGUCAGCACCCCACCCUUCCCCCCACCAGGCAUGCGGGGGCUGUCCCAGGCUCGGGCUCCAGGAGGCAGGAUUGGAUCUGGGGGGCUCGGAGGCAGCCUGGGCAAGGGACACCUCUGAGUUCUACUUUGUACGGUGUUUUGCAAGUAUCUGCUUGGUACUUUGAUUUCAAAUAAAAACAUUUUUCAUAA